UACAACCCAAUUUUGGCACUCAUCAAGGUCUCCUUUCUGAUCACACUAAUCAAACUUCGAUCACAGAAUAAAUGCAUCAACAGCUGUCUGUGGGGAACCUUGAUAUUGAACGGGUGCUUCGCUAUCGCUGCGCCUGUCGCAUGUAUCCUACAAUGUGACCCGAUCUCAAAGUACUGGAAUCCAAAUAUACAAGGGAAAUGUGUCGAUGCAGGCGCAUAUACUGUCAGCAGGUCCUCUAUCGUUCUCACGACAGAUGUUCUCAUCCUGCUCAUGCCCUCAUGGAUUCUACACGAUCUGAAGAUGCCGCUGGGCUGCAAGCUCAUGGCCAUCGCCUUUCUUUUCUCUGGAAUCCUUGUCACCGUAGUCGGUGCAGUCCGUACAAGCGUGUUAACUAGAAUUUUCGUUCUCAGAGAACCGCUACAAGAUCCUACAUAUCAAACGUCGUACAUACUCUCAAACAUCGAAUCCGGACUCGCGAUUAUGGCCGUUUGCGGCCCGACCCUCAAGUACAUCCUCAGCUGCUGUAUACCUUCACUGAGGAAUGCAGAUGGAUCGACCAGCCGCAGGUACAUGUACCCGACGAACGAUACGCAGAGAGAAGCUCGAUCAAGACGCGCUACGAAGAUUGGGAGGACAAAUAGCAUGUUUCGCGAGAUUGAUGAGAUGCAACUGACGGAGUGGCCGGAAAACGAGAUAGGCGGAGUGAGGACGGCGCAGCACGGGGAGCCAAUAAUGGUUAUGAAGACAGUGACGUGA